AUGGAGAGGAAAAGAUCGCGGAUUCAUUCCGGUCACGAAUAGCUUUGUUCUCAAAACCAAAACGUGAUGUUCGUUGCUUCCGAUCGAGCAAGAGCUCACGAAGAGGCAAUGGAGGACAUCAUCAACAAGAUGGGAUGGGUUAUUACAUAUAUGUAAUUAGUAGCAGCACCACCAAGGGAGUAUUGGUGGAUUGACACAGGCAACUAACCGAAUGGCAGUGCUUCUGAGGCUUCAAUCAUGUCUGCUCUGACGGAAAAUGCGCCAACCUUUAGCCCCAUUUUGUUGGACGAAGUUUUAAUGAUGGAUAAGGAGCCCAACGAUCAAAUCAUUGAGAGCUUCGAGCCCAUCUACACAAAAGGUCAGCAAUUGGCUCUGUAUUGUCUCUCGGUACCAGGCGGAUUUCUAUCCAUGCUGGGCAGUUCUCUCAUUUCCGUGGCCAUUCUCCGAGAGCGCCCUGCCAGUACUGGUAGUAUUGGUACUAGUAGUAGUAGUCUGGGAACCUUUCGACGCAUUCUGUUGGGAUUGUCUCUGAUGGACUUCAUCGCCUCUUUCAGCCACAUGUGCAUUUAUUGGCCCUGGUCCAUCCCCAAACAAGCCGAUUACUUUAUCUACCAUGCUUCAGGCACCUGGGCCACGUGCAAUCUCAACGGAUUCCUCACAAACUUGGGCACGUCCAUUCAACUCUACUCGGCAUCACUGGCCCUCUACUAUGUUUUGACGGUGCGCUAUCAGUGUCGAGAAGCAUUUGUGACGAGUCGCAUUGAACCCUGGAUUCAUGGAAUCUCCAUUCUGUGGCCUGUGGGGUUGGGAUUUCUUUCUAUUGCUGUGCAGGCAUACUCUCCUCUGGUAGUGGCUCCAGGAUAUUGCUGGUAUGCCGACUGGCCACCCGAUUGUGAUACCGAAGAUGACAGCGAGGAUGAUGGCAGUGGAGAUCAUGAAACCAAACAAUCCACCAAUGGCACCAACUAUCCCGAAAUGAAAUGCCUUCGAGCCCCCGAAGGAUUGCGCCGCAUCCUUUUCAUGCUGGUGGGAAUUCUUCCUCUGCUACUCUGUAUGAUUACCAUUAUUGUCUGCAUGGGCCUCCUCUACCAACAAGUCCGACAUACCGAACGACGUUUGGCCCGGUACGGAAUGGGAGCCAACUCCAGUCGAGGAUCUGGGGGUGGCCGUGGCGACUUGGACAUGUCCCAAAAGACCGCCAUCAAGGGCGUCUUGUACAUUGGAGCCUUUUUGGCGGCUCACGUGCCCUAUUUGGUACUCGUGGCAGUCUCCUUUGCCAUUGAGUUGGUGCCCGAAAAUGGCUCCACGAUUUUUGUCUUUGCCGCCCUCCACAAUUUCAUGGCACCCUGGCAGGGACUCUUCAACGCCUUUAUAUUUUUUCGAGAACGACAAUCCCUCUUUGAAGAAGAACAAGGUCCCUUGCACUGCUUGUGGCCACUCGUUCGACAUUUCCAAUGCUGUUUUGCUCCGGCACUCGUACGACGACGCACCAAUCGAUCCUCGUCGUCGUUUUGGCGGCGCGUCUCCAAGGAGGAAGCUUCCACAGGAAAUGUGGAACGGAGCUCUCCGUUGCCAGCCGACAAAGUCGAGUCAGAUGAACGUGACGUCGGCAAUCACCAACUCGAUAACAGUACAACACCAGUCAACAAAGUGGAACUGUUCGGCGAGGAUACCAAUGGAUCCUCAUGUAGGAUGGUAGCAGCGAAUAGUUUUGUGCCAGCACCGACAGAUAUCGACCUUGCCGAGGAGUUCAACGACAAUGGCAAUGUGCAAGGUUCUUCGUCGUCGCCAGCAGCACACGUCAGCAACGUUGAAUGAUUCCAUAAUGGCAAUGCAAUUCACGGCGUGCAAAACACUCUGCCGCCUUCAGGUAAAGACGCCAGUUUAGUUGCUCCAUGGCAAUCCACGAGACGUUGGAAAAAUGUGUUGCUCGCAGACAUGGAUCCGAACAUGACAACACUAGGAAUCGUGGAGACAAGAGACUUGGAAACCUUCGUUUGCGAAAUGCAUCUUUCUCUCAGUUUCUCACGUACGGUACCAAGAGGGAAAAUGGUGGGAAAUCACCAAACCAUCAACUCCGCGAUCCAUAUUUCCGGAGUGGCGAAGGGCCACCCUCGAUCGUUCCCAUCAGACGUCGCUUUUCAUGGAUUUCCUUGAUUGCAGCCGAUUCAUUCCAAGACUUUGUGUGUGUGUGGCAUAAACGGGAGAUACAGGUAGACGGUCGCAUCGUGACUGGCAGUUUGGACUGUUGUCUCGGCAAGGGCCAUGGACGAACUUCGCGAAUGCACCCAUCAGUUGUUUGACGGCAUUUUGGGGAAUCAGAAUCGAGUGGAGGUGCUCUUGGUCUACCUACUGGUAGAGACGAAGGCAUACACUCGCUUGUCUUCGGGCCAUUCAUCAUUGACGACAGCAGUAGUGAGUUCCGAGAGGAAGUGGAAACAGAAGCAGAAGUGAGCAAUGGACAAGAUGGUUCCGAGCCAAAUGUCUUUCACUACCUCCGGUUUGAGAGAACUCCCACAGCAGUGAUGUGACCGGAGGAUCUGUGAAACUACAUCCUGGUGUUUCUGCCCCGACACUCUACACCAAGACUGCUGUCAUUGGAGGAAAUUGGGACAAGAGGGAAAGAGAGGCAGUUACAAAAGGUGAUUGUGGCGAAACCAGAAAUGAGGGUUCGAUUGUCUGCGUCAAUGUCUGGUUUUAUGCUUCAUCGUUUAGCCUUUCCAUUCAAACAAACCCAGACCGAGACCACCUGGAGAGGCCGUUGCCGUUGCCGUUGCCGUCUCUGACUCGAUUGGUACUUUCGUCAACCACACACAUCCGUGGUGACUGGCAGUUUGGUACGGUAACUAGUGGAACAAGUGGAGAUUGAUCGGAUGCAUUCAUCGACGCGCCCAUAGUUUCUCCACUAGUUGGAUGGUUGCGGCACGGAAGGGCGUCGCCCUUUGUGGCCAUCGUUGUCCAAGACGCGAGUGAAUGUUGGGAUCUA